UUGUCUAUAGAUGACAGCGAGAAAAACGUUUUAUCUCCCAUUUACAUCUAUUCAUCCAUGCAGGCCAUUGCUCCACCGCUAAACCAUAACCAACACAAACACCAUCUCCUUAUAAUAAUCACUCUCAACACAGAUUCAUCUUCACAUCAAUCUUCUCUAUUUUCCUCUCUUUUUACUUGUCCUUUUUUUCCACAACCAAUUAAUCACAAAAAAAAAAAGAAAAUGGGUUGUGGAAAAUCUAAACUCAAUGUUGUUGCCACCACCUCCCUCCUCAGCAAGAAAUCUAGCCUUAAUACCAAGGAAACCGAUGUCAAAUCAGUGGACAAAAACAACGAUGUUAAAGUCGAAAAUGUAAAUUUGGAAGCUGAAGAGAAAAACAAGGAAAAUGUCGAAGAUAAGGAUGUUGGUGAGUCCAACAAAGAUUCUGCAAUAGCAGAGGUGCAAGAAGAUAAGGCAUUGGAGAAGAGCCAUGAAGCUGAAGAGAAUAAGGCACAGGAAACUUUCAUUGCCGAAGAACCAAAAGAGUCUGUGAAGGAGGAGGAAGAACACCAAGUCAAGGAUGUUGCUGUGGCCGUUGCUGUUGCAGAAGUGGAACAACAACCAGAGGAACAACAACCAGAGGAGCAACAGCCAGAGGAACAACAGCCAAAAGAACAAAAGGGAGAUGAAAAUGAGAAAGAGGAUGUCAAGGGAGAGGAUUUGGUGAAGGAAGAACAAAGCAAAGAUACAAAAGAAGAAACCUUGGUCAAGGAAUAGGAAGUUAAAGAAACAAAAACCGAGGAGAAGAAUUUGGUGAAGGAGGAAGAGACUGAAGCUGCAAAUGUUUCAACCACAACCUCCUAGACUGAACCGAAAGAUUUGAAUUUUUGAGCAGGCACGAAUGAGCCAAACAGAAAAGGAUGAAAUUGGACGAGAGUUACAUCACCUGAAUUAAUUAUUCUGGUUGCAUUGGAAGUGCAGGGUGUUUCCGGUUCAUGUUAGUCAUUUUCUAAAGAUGAUUAAGAUGGAAAUAGCUUGAGUCUAUGGUGAUUAGCUUUUGUUUAUUUUGUGUUCGUCUUGCAUUGGAUUUUCUUUUCCUCUGUCCUCUCCCAACAUUAUACUAUUAUAAUAUAAUACACUCCAAAAGAGUUACUAUUUCCUA